AAUGAGUUUAUCUCUCAAUCCCAAACCUCUCCUCAAUGGACUAACAGGAAAGCCAGUGAUGGUGAAGCUUAAAUGGGGAAUGGAAUACAAAGACUACCUGCUAUCUGUAGAGAGCUAUAUGAACAUGCAGCUUGCAAAUACAGAAAAAUACAUCGAUGGUGCAUUGUCUGGACACCUAGGUAAAGUUUCUAAUAAGGUGUAA